UUUAAGUCUAUCUCAAUCACUUCUAAACAAUUGAACGUAUUCGUAUAUAUUCUAAUACUUUUUAAAAAAAAAAUACAUUGGUUGAUAUAAUUUUUGUAAAAUUUUUGCAAAAUUAAUUUAAAUAUCUAAAAUGAAACUUAUUAUUUCUGUAAUUUUAUUUGCUUUAUGUUUUGUAAUACAUGACAGCAUGGCACAUCCAGCAAUUGAAAAGUAUCAAGGGUAUGAAUUAACUCUACACUCACAACAACAGAACGAACUUUUUCCUGGAGUAUCGAAAGCUAUAGAGGAUUGCAUCAAAUUGGAUUUUGAUCUCGUGGUGAAAAAUAAUAUUUUUUCAAGAUUAAAGUCAGUCGAUCGCUUCUCAUGUAAAGGCUACAGACAUAAGUUUAAUGAAUUAGUAUUGGCACUUUUUGCAUGUGUUGAAAAAAAUGAGCAAGGUGGAUACUCCUGCAGAAAGGAACUGCCUUCGGAUUUCAAUGACUUUAAUUUUCAUCAAGGCAAUUACACAGACAUGAUGUUUUUCAAACGUUAAUCCAACUAGAGUUGGGAGUAAAAAUUUCCGAGUUAAAAAUUGAUUCUAAAAAGGAGUUACUGUUUACGUUACCUUUUAAUGGAGUGGAUUUUUAACUCGUAUUAUUUUUACUAUUUUUUACUUUUACUCCAAAAAGCGUGCGACUUUUAUAGAAUCUUCCAGGGAGAUAAAGUUUCUCCCUUUAUUAUUUGUUAAGUCAAUUGACCGUCGCAAUUAUGAGUAAAAGAAACUGUUUUAUUCAAUUUGAAACAUAAACGAAUAUUAUAAAAA